AUGUCAUACAAGUUUCCGUCAAUCUAUGAUUUUCCGCCAUUUUUUACCAAACAAAUACAUCAGCAGACUCUAGAUACCCAGAAGUCCCAUUGGUCAAGACUGAUUUUAGAAUACUGCCAGUUCAACAAGAUAUGGAUCCUUUCUUUGAAUGGCGAACCGAUGGACUCGGCACCUGAACAUCAGGAUUCCGACGAUGAUAACGAUGAUGAUGACGAUGACACAGAUAUUCCACAAUACUCAUUAUUUACGAAUUCGAAGAUCGAUCGUAGCCUGCGAAGUGAUUUCAUAUUAGAGAUAUACACAGACAUGAUUUCUAAAGGAAAGGCCGAAUGGAGUAAUACUGUGCUUACGCUAUACGAGCUGCGGAAGGGCGAUUUGGCAAGAACUCAGGAAUUCUACGGUAUGAGCCCCACGGUUCUAGUCAAAGUUCUGAGCGUGUUGGUGAAGUCAGGAAGAGCGCAGAUAAUGAAGGAUGAUAACUCCAAGAUAGCUGGUGUGAAGUUCAGUGAUAAGUAA